AUGGAAGUUGAACUGGGUGGUGGAGAAGAAGAGCCUCCUUCGCUCCUCUGGGGACUGGAUCCCGUUUUCUCUGCCUAUUCCCGGCUCUGCGUCAGAGACAUUCUCCGCAUGAGGGAAUCUCGACAAGUGCCUGGUGUUUAUUUCUACAACUCUCAUCCGAUAUUCCAAGUUGAUGUGCUGGGCACAGUGGUAUAUAAACGGGAGAGAGAGGAUUUCUACUGCUACGGAGUGGAUGACAGCACCGGUGUCAUAAACUGCCUAUGCUGGAAGAAUGAGAAAUGGAGAGAUCAGGGAGGGGGCAGAGCACGGGGCGCUGCACCUGGAGGCUUUCACGUGGAGGAGCAGCUCCGGAAGCUCGUGGAGGCUCAGAGGAGUAGCUCUGUGCUGGAGAUAGGAGAACUGCUGAGGGUGCGUGGCUCCGUUAAGACCUCCAGAGGACAACGGGAAAUCAGGGCCUCCGCCUUCUAUAAAGUGAACGAUCCUGUGAUGGCUGUGCAGAUUUCCUGGAUGUUGGAGAUGCCAGAGCUCUACAGGAAAUGCUACGACAAACCAUUCAAGCCUCCCAGCAGUGAACUGGACUCCAGCAGCGCUGCCGCUGACGGACCGCAGUCGUUCCAGUCUCUGCUGGGUCGGGCGGUACGCGCCGUGAAAGAAUUCCUCCGCGAGAGGGAGGUGAGACGUUUUCGGCCUUACGACGUGGAAUACCUCUUACACCCCCUCGUCCCACGCGCCCCCCCUCAGGGAACGCCGGCGGACCCGGAGAACGCUGGUCCUUCCGUCGCCGCACAGAUACGCCAGCUUCUCAAAGAGACGCUGAAGAUACUGCUGGACGAGGGCCUGAUAUUCCGGAAAGUUCUGUCACCCGAUGAAGUCUAUAAUGUAACUGAACACGAUAAAGAUCUUCACAUGGUGACCAGGGAUAUUAUCCGAGAAGAUUCGAAAAGGGAGAAGUAUGCCGAGAAGGGUUGUCAUGUUCUUCACAUCCUGUCCAGCGUGAGACAGAACUACAGUCGCUGCUUGAGCAAAGAGGCACUGUUGGUGACUCUGAAGUUCUUGGAAUGCAACAGUGACAUCAUAAGUACCACGGAAUGCCAUUACACUGUUCUAUGA